AUGUCAUUACUCAAACUUGAGUCGUUACCCAACGAAAUUUUGCUUGAUUUUCUCGAAAAACAUGCAAAUGGUGUUGAUAUAUUAGUGGCAUUUAGUGAACAACUGAAUAGUCGUAUCGACGAUCUCAUUGGUCAAUGUCAACAAUUUCAAUUCGAUUUUUUACAUUGUCGAAAGGAUGAUUUCCUUCUAUGUGUAAGUCUAUUUCCAUUGUUGAUUGAUAGAAUUACAGAGUUAGUCUUAUCAGAAUGGAAUACACCACGUCAAAUUCAAACUUUUCUGGAAUUCUUUCCAUUAUUCACACCAUUUAAAACUCUUCGCACAUUAUAUUUUCAUUUUGAUAUCGCAACCAUUAAUUCGAAAGAAGUAGAUAGAGCUCUUUCCUCAUUGAGUAAUCUACAAAAUCUGAAUACUUUAUCAAUCAAAGUGGCAAAUGAAUCAAUGUUACCAUUACCAAUCAGUAUUAUUCAACUAUUCUAUCUGCCAACGUUGAAACGAUUCUCGAUUGCUAUUGAAAACUAUUAUUUAAGGUCAGUAUCCUUAGUACCUUUGAGACCAGUUUUAUGUAAUAUUGAACAUUUGACUAUUACAGGUAUGCCUUUUCAAUGGUAUGAUCUACAAUCGAUAGUUCAAUCUGCUUCUCAUCUUCGAUACCUUAAUGUUCGAUUAACCAAGGAAGGACCAUAUCUUUUUCAAAGAGAAAUGUCAAUCAAGCUGGAUUAUAUUGCAAUCCUUCAGACAUUGAUUUUACACUUUGAAGAAGACGAUCCAACGACAUUUGAAAUGGUUGUACAAUUGCUGCGAACUACACCAAAUCUUUGUCGAUUAGAAGUAACUGUUCAUGUUGCUUUAAUCAAUGCUAGUGCUUGGGAACAGUUCAUUCAAAAUACAUUAUUAUAUUUGAUACAUUUUAUUCUGAAAACAAGUCUAUCUCGUCUAAAGCAGCGCAUUCUCGAAGAAGUACUCAUCUCGUUCCAAACAUCAUUCUGGGUUGAAAAGAACAAUUUUCAUGUAUUAAUCUUAGAUGAUGAACAACUUCGAAAUGAAACAGAUGGAAUGAAUCAUAUUUGUGGUCGAAAACGACGCACAGCAAAUCAACAAAAUACAGAAUUUCGAACGGCAUUAGUACGCCCAACUAAUAAUAAUAUUUCUCCAACAAAUACUAUUAUAAAUUUGCAGUUUUCUAGAAAUUCCUCUCUUUUAUCAUGUCAACAUUUCUUUGACAACGUUCGAUAUCUUACUAUAUGUUAUACGGAGAAAAACCUAGUUCAAUGGAUAACUACAUAUGUUAAUUGUUUAAGAAUUGAAGAACUCGAUAUUUCAGUAUGCAGACAGGAUCAAACGACAAUUAUUCCAUUGUUAACUCAGGCUAAAAAUAUUAAAUCGCUGAAGUUGAACGCUAAUCAAUUAGUUAUGUAUCAAACAUUACAGAUCGAAACAAACAAUCAACUGAAAUCUCUCGUUUUAUCAGAUGUUAAAAACAUUUUUAAUGAAAAUAUAAUUCAAACCAUUGGUCAACUCUUUCCUCGUCUCGAACACAUUGUGAUUGACUUGUUGAAUCUCAACAAUAUUCCAAUGUUGGAUAUAUAUUUGCCUCAUCUUCGCAGUCUUACUUUUGACAUUAGCGAUCAAGUCUUCGAUCCAUUCAAUAGUUUUAAAAAUAAAAUAGAAGACUAUCAACGACGAACAAAAACGAAAUUUCUAUUUCAAUCCGAUGGAAACUGGGUUACCACUUGGCUCGAUGCAGCAGUAUUCGAACAAAUGUUUUGGGAAGCUUUUCGAACAAAAUUAUGUUCGUUCGGUUAA